UAGUCGCUUCUAGCUCACACCACCUUGGCAUCAAAUUUCAACCAGUGGUCGGUGGAUCGCGAACGCAAUGCACGCGAGCGGCUAACAAUCGCUUGCAGAACCGUCAUUGGGAUCAGACGACGGGCCUCUUCCACUUUCGAGUCGACUCAAAAGCAGACGACGGGCAUGUGCCAGCUCGAAACCGAUUGCUGCAUGCGAGCGGCUCUAGUGUCGACUUUUGAGCCGCCCCAAAUCAGUCCGUAGAAAGAGUGUUUAGAACAUACCAAGAGCUUACCAAUCCCUGAAGACCUUUUCGCGUGGCUUACUUGCUCUGAAGUGUUUUUACUCUAGUGGCUCAUAGUCCUCGUGCCACUAUGUCCCGGCUAUUCAAGAAAGAGCAGAUCUCGGCGUAUCGCGACCGUCGAUUCCGCGGCACGCAGGAGGAGUUCGAGCAGGCGCUCCGGAUGUCUACCACGGUUUACGUGGGUAACUUGUCGUUUUACACCACGGAGGAGCAGAUCUACGAGGUUUUCUCCAAGGCGGGCGAGAUCCGACGCAUUGUAAUGGGACUCGAUAAGAACACAAUGACGCCCUGCGGCUUCUGCUUCGUUGCGUAUUACGUGAGGGAGGACGCGGAGGAUGCUGUGAAGUACGUGAGCGGGACCAUAGUGGACGACCGGCCAAUCAGAGUGGACUUCGACUGGGGCUUCGAGGACGGGCGGCAGUGGGGGCGAGGGAGGAGCGGAGGGCAAGUGCGGGAUGAAUACCGCACCGACUAUGACCCAGAUAUGUGGCUCCCUCACCUUUUAUAUAGGGUUGUAGGUACCCCAUCCAGGUAAGACGGACCUUGCAAUUCAGAG